AUGGCUGAGCCCAACAAUGUACUUCUAGUUGGCAUGUCUGGACCGUCCUCGUCCGGGAAGACCACCCUAGCUAGACUUAUCCGCGAUGUCUUUCCCAACGUCUUCCUCCUCCACGAAGAUGACUUCUACAAACCCGAGGCGGAGCUUCCUAAACAUCCCUCCGGCGUGCUGGACUGGGAUGCUCUUGAAUCGAUUAACAUGCCGAAGCUUCAGCAUGCGCUCCAAUAUAUCCGCGAGCAUGGCAUGCCGCCGCCAGACUUCGAAAGCUAUCAGGACCGGAACUCCAUUGGGCCAGUCGAUGUCGAUCAUGGUGUGAUUGAAGACCUGAAGUGGAGGGGUGGCAAAUGGAUGUUCCAGGACGUCCCGCCUAUUGCUAUUAUCGACGGCUUCCUGUUGUAUUCCGACAGUAUGAGAUCCGUCAGGGAAAUGUUUGACGUGAAGAUUUUCCUUCGGACUGAUCUCAAAACUGCAAGGGCGAGGCGCGAGGCAAGGAGUGGGUACGCGACUCUAGAAGGGUUCUGGGAGGACCCGCCGGGCUACGUGGACAAUGUUGUCUGGCCGAACUACGUCAAGGAACAUGACUUUCUAUUCCAGGACAAGAAUGUAGAGGGUGAGUAUGACGAAGCUGUGCUCAAGCGGCUCGACAUCCGAGCGCCUUCCGCAGAGGCACAAUCGAACAUGACGGCCUGCCUGAAGUGGGCUUAUGAUGUCGUUGAAGAGGCGCUCGAGAAGCGCGUCGCACGCUGA